AUGAAGGGUUCGACUUAUAUCCCGUAUUUGACGACUUUCCUGCCUAUCUGCUCGGCGAACCCGUUUUUGCAGGUUGCAAAUACUAAUGGCACGGCUGGGGCUGCGGCUUGUGAGGCCAUUGGGAAGAGUUUGGCGAUUGAAAAUGUUACUGUGAAUUUUGCUCAGUAUGUGACUGCUGGGACGACGUUGAAUUUUACGCAGCAGUAUAAUUUGCAGACUUGUGGGGAUGCUAGUGCCCUUAUUGAGAGGGAUAUGUGUCGGAUUGCUUCGACGGUUAGGACUAGUGAGAGGAGUGAAUUGACGCUUGAGACUUGGUUGCCUACGAAUUGGACGGGGAGAUUUCUGAGCACCGGAAAUGGAGGAGUAAGUGGCUGUAUCCAAUACCGUGACCUGAAAUAUACUCUCGGCCUAGGCUUCGCAACCGUCGGCGCCAACAACGGCCAUAACGGCACCUCAGGCCUAGCAUUCUACAACAACACCGAAGUAGUCCAUGACUUUGCAGACCGCUCCAUCCAUCUCGGCGUCGUAAUUGGCAAGCAAAUCACAGCUCAAUAUUACGGCUCACCACACACGAAAUCCUACUACCUAGGCUGCAGCACCGGCGGCCGUCAAGGUUUCAAAUCCGUCCAAACCUACCCUGAGGAUUUUGAUGGUGUGGUAGCUGGAGCCACAGCUUUUGCUUUCACGAACCUGACGAGCUGGUCAGCAACAUUUUAUAAAAUCUUUGGUGCUAAUGCUAGUGCGCCUACUUAUAUCCCCGCUGGGAAGUUAUGGACGGUGAUUCAUAACGAGGUGUUGAGACAGUGUGAUGGGCUUGAUGGGGUUGUUGACGGGAUUUUAGAAGAUCCAUCACUUUGCCAGUUUAGACCGGAAGCGCUGAUUUGCGGAUCCAAGGCGAACGGGACGGAUUGUCUUAGUUCUGCGCAAGCUGGAGCCGUGAGGGAAGCGCUGUCGGAUUAUUACGGUGUUGAUGGGUCAUUGAUAUAUCCGGGUAUGCAACCUGGGUCGGAAAUCUUUGCGAGUAGGGUUUUGUAUGCUGCAGGUCCAUUUCCAUAUUCGGUUGAUUGGUUUAGAUAUGUGGUUUACAAUGAUCCAACAUGGUCGGCCGAUACUUUCUCCCGUCAAGACGCCGCCAAUGCCGCUCAACAGAAUCCCUACGACAUCCAAACCUGGAACGGCGACCUCUCAGCCUUCGCUUCACGCGGCGGUAAAGUCUUACAUUACCACGGUCUCAUGGAUGGUAUAAUCUCGUCUGCCAAUUCCGCGCGCUAUUAUAAUCAUGUCUCUCGCACCAUGGGCUUACGCUCUGACGAGCUGGAUAAAUUCUAUAGAUUCUUCCGCGUCUCUGGAAUGGGCCAUUGUAGCGGUGGAGACGGUGCUCAUGCUAUCGGUAAUCAGAUUUCUGAAGCUCAGGGGCUGGAGAAGGAGGAUAACGUUUUGGCGAGAAUGGUGGCGUGGGUUGAGGGUGGGGAUGGGGAGGCACCGGAGUUUGUGAGGGGGACGAGAUGGGUUAAUGACACGAAAGCGUUGGGUGUUGAUUAUACGAGGAAACAUUGCAAGUAUCCUCUGCGGAACACUUGUGUUGAUCCGGCGAAUUCUAAGAAGGAGGAGGCUUGGAAAUGCGUUUAG